AUGAACAGGACAAAGGUCGUCCCCUUGCCCAAGUUUGGUGAAUGGGAUGUGAACGAUCCAGCAUCAGCUGAAGGUUUCACAGUCAUAUUCAACAAAGCUAGGGAUGAGAAGAAGACCGGUGGCAAACCCGGAUCACCUGGUAAAUCCACUGAUGGUCAUGCUAAGUCCGGAGGAGGAGGAGGAGGUGAUCCUAGUAAACCCCAGCCCAAAAAAUGGCUCUGCUGCAUGCAAUCUCCAGCUGUGGACUCCUGAAAUGACACAAAGAUGGAUUUUGCUUGCCUCCCCUCCCCUAAAGAAAAGUCACAUUGCUUAGAGAUCUAAAGCAAUGAUAUUUUAUGUUUUUUAUUGUCUUUCUUGAAAAGUACCCACAACAACAAAAAAAAAAAGGUUCCUAAGAUGAGUUUGGAGCAACCCACUUUUAGUAUCA